AAGCUAUUUUUCACGUAUGUUUUUAUUAAUUAGUUUGUUCCAGAGACUGUUAGACACUUAAAUAAAAUAAAUUUACAAAGGAUACAGUGGAGCUCCAUUUAAAUGGUCAUGUUGAAGGAAAGAAAUAAUAUCCACUUUAUAGGCUUAAUUAUACAUCAUAUUUGGCUAAUUUAGUCCAUGUGAUUGUGAUGUCUGGGAGACAAGCCCAGGAUACGGUAAUGAGCAACAGCUAGUGCAGUUCUACAUAUUAAAUAUCAUGAUUUAAGGGAAGAUCUUCACACUGAUUUCUACAUAUCUACUUAAUGAUAGUUUUCCUGUUUCUCUUUCCUGUCCCUUUUCACUCCUCAAAAGUCGUAUUAGUAGAGUCGUCCUAGCAUGCCCCUGAGCACCUGGACAUCUGAGUGCUAGAUGCAGAUUUCACUUAGCCUGCUGUGCCUUUCACAGUUUUGGCCAUAGAUGUUACCUUUUGAUAAGAUUUCCCCACUCUGACUUCCUCCUGUCUCACCCAUCAUCUCUCCUCUCCACUGAUGAUCCACUCAAAUGGAUUGUAAUCGUCCGGAUCAUUCAGCAGCUGAACCAAUUCUCCCAUCAACGGGAAGGUCCCACAUGGGGGGAUACUUACCCCUUCCAGACCCUUCCUGAGGAGAGCAAGUUUCCUUCCAUGUGGCAGGAGUACAUUUUAUAUUUGUUUGGCCUUGUGACUGAUAGGAUGGGAAGCUGAGGGGAAGUGGAGAGGAGAUGGCAGUUUUAACCGAGAAAAAAAGCUUAGUAGAAACUCUGCCUCUGCCUUCUUCGGGCGUGUCCCUCUUCUGGGCAUCUCUUCAGGAUUUCAUUCCUCCGUCCAACUGCCGUUCACAACUGCCCUUUCCAACGGCUCCAGAACUCUUGGCCUUGGCAUUCCGUGAUGUAAAUUAUUCCACGCAUGGCUCGAAAUGGGUGCGAAGCAGUGUUGCCAGGUGUCGGAUCACUAGUUUGUCAUGGAUGAUGAUGAUGACUCGUGUCUCCUUGAUCUUAUUGGAGACCCACAGGCAUUGAACUAUUUUCUACAUGGACCUAGUAAUAAAUCGAGCAAUGAGGACUUGACUAAUGCAGGAUAUUCUGCAGCCAAUUCAAAUUCAAUUUUCGCCAACUCUAGUAAUGCUGAUCCUAAGUCAUCCCUCAAAGCUGUAAGCAGCCAGCUUGGAGAAGGGCCCAGUGAUGGACUGCCACUUUCAAGUAGCCUUCAGUUUCUUGAAGAUGAACUUGAGUCUUCUCCUCUUCCUGAUCUCAGUGAGGACCAACCUUUCGACAUUCUUCAGAAAUCCUUGCAGGAGGCCAAUAUCACUGAACAGACAUUGGCAGAAGAGGCAUAUCUGGACGCCAGUAUAGGUUCAAGCCAACAGUUUGCACAAGCUCAGCUUCAUCCCUCUUCAUCAGCAUCCUUUACUCAGGCUUCUAAUAUUUCUAAUUACUCAGGUCAGACGCUGCAGCCUAUAGGGGUGACUCAUGUGCCUGUUGGCACAUCGUUUGCAAGCAAUACAGUGGGUGUGCACCAUGGCUUUAUGCACCACGUGGGGAUCAGUGUGCCCAGCCAGCAUUUGUCUAAUAGCAGUCAGAUUAGUGGUUCUGGUCAAAUACAGUUAAUUGGGUCAUUUGGUAAUCAACCUUCCAUGAUGACUAUUAAUAACUUAGAUGGAUCUCAAAUCAUACUAAAGGGUAGUGGGCAACAAGCCCCAUCAAAUGUGAGUGGAGGGCUUCUGGUUCACAGACAGACUCCUAAUGGCAACUCCUUGUUUGGGAACUCCAGUUCCAGUCCAGUAGCACAGCCUGUUACCGUUCCGUUUAAUAGCACAAAUUUCCAAACAUCUUUACCUGUGCAUAACAUCAUCAUACAAAGGGGUCUUGCACCAAAUUCAAAUAAAGUCCCAAUUAAUAUCCAGCCAAAGCCUAUCCAGAUGGGUCAGCAAAACACAUACAAUGUGAACAAUUUGGGAAUACAGCAGCACCAUGUUCAGCCAGGGAUCUCGUUCGCCUCUGCGAGCUCACCCCAGGGCUCAGUGGUUGGUCCGCACAUGUCGGUGAACAUUGUAAACCAACAGAACACAAGGAAGCCAGUCACCUCGCAGGCCGUGAGCAGCGCUGGGGGCAGUAUCGUUAUUCAUUCUCCCAUGGGCCAGCCUCACACACCCCAGAGUCAGUUCCUCAUACCUACAAGCCUUUCCGUCAGUUCCAACUCGGUACACCACGUCCAGACCAUAAAUGGGCAACUUCUUCAGACUCAACCCUCUCAGCUCAUUUCUGGCCAAGUGACCUCAGAGCAUGUCAUGUUGAACAGAAACUCUUCCAACAUGCUCAGGACCAACCAACCAUAUUCUGGACAGAUGCUGAACAACCAGAAUACCGCCGUCCAGUUAGUGUCUGGGCAGACGUUCGCCGCCUCUGGAAGUCCAGUGAUAGUCAAUCAUGCCUCUCCUCAGAUCGUUGGUGGGCAGAUGCCCUUGCAGCAGGCAUCACCAACCGUCUUGCACCUGUCCCCUGGGCAGAGCAGCGUCUCCCAAGGAAGACCUGGCUUCGCCACCAUGCCCUCGGUGACAAGCAUGUCAGGACCUAGUCGGUUCCCUGUUGUCAGCUCAUCCAGCACUGCCCAUCCUAGUCUUGGGGCUGCGGUUCAGUCUGGUGCAUCAGGAUCAAACUUUACGGGAGAUCAGCUGACCCAGCCAAACAGGACUCCAGUACCGGUCAGUGUGUCCCAUCGUCUUCCAGUUCCUUCUUCCAAAUCUACUAGCACCUUCAGUAACACACCUGGAGCAGGAAGCCAGCAACAGUUCUUCUGUCAGGCUCAGAAAAAAAGUUUGAAUCAGACUUCCCCCAUUUCUGCUUCCAAGACUGCAGAUGGCCUGAGGCAAGCGCCCAUCCCAGGCCUCUUGAGCACCGCACUGCCAGGACAGGAUUCUGGAAGCAAAGUUAUACCAGUGCCCUUAGGAACCACACAACCACAGCAGGAAAAAGUCGUUGGAUCAUCUCCUGGCCAGCCAGCUGUGCAGGUGGAUAGUCAUUCGGGAGGACAAAAGAGGCCUGCUGCAAAACAGCUAACUAAAGGAGCUUUCAUUCUCCAGCAGUUACAGAGGGACCAAACCCACACGGUGACACCUGAUAAAAGUCAGUUCCGAUCACUCAGUGACGCAGUGCAAAGGCUGCUCUCCUACCAUGUGUGCCAGGGCUCCAUGCCCACGGAGGAAGACCUAAAGAAAGUUGACAAUGAAUUUGAAACAGUUGCCACUCAGCUCCUAAAAAGGACCCAAGCUAUGCUUAACAAGUACAGAUGCCUGCUCCUGGAAGAUGCCAUGCGGAUCAAUCCCUCCGCUGAGAUGGUGAUGAUCGACAGAAUGUUCAACCAAGAGGAAAGAGCUUCUCUGUCCCGGGACAAGCGUCUGGCACUUGUAGACCCCGAGGGCUUUCAGGCUGAUUUCUGUUGUUCCUUCAAACUUGAUAAAGCUGCUCAUGAGACACAGUUUGGCAGGAGUGACCAGCAUGGCAGUAAAACAACCAGUUCUGUGCAUCUGACGGCCAAGGCCCAGAGCAGAGACAGAGCCAAACCAGGCAUGGCAGAACCAACGAAUCAUGACCAAUUUCAUCUAGUGCCUAAUCACAUCGUGGUCUCCGCAGAAGGAAACAUUGCUAAAAAAACAGAAUGCCUCGGCAGAGCACUGAAAUUUGACAAAAUGGGCUCAGUUCAGUACCGGAGUGCGUCUGAAGAGAAGACCAGCCGGAAAGACGCCGUGAAAGGCAGUGAGUGCUCUCCCGGCCCUGAAGGGCACCGGAAAAACUCGUCCAGACCAGAUCACGGUCCUGAGAGCAAACUCUCAAGCCUCCUAGUAGAUUCGCACCUGGAGAUGACGUGUAAUAGCUCCUUCCAGGACAAGACUCUGCGGAAUUCUCCAAAGAAUGAAGUUUUACACACAGACAUCAUGAAAGGGUCAGCCGAGCCCCAGCCUGAUCUCCAGCUCACUAAGAGUUUAGAAACAACAUUUAAGAACAUCUUGGAACUCAAAAAGGCGGGGCGGCAGCCCCAGAGUGACCCCACGGUUAGCGGCUCUGUUGAGUUAGAUUUCCCCAACUUUUCUCCAAUGGCUUCGCAGGAAAACUGCCUGGAAAAGUUCAUCCCGGACCACAGUGAAGGCAUUGUAGAAACUGACUCCAUUUUAGAAGCAGCUGUAAAUAGUAUCCUAGAGUGUUAAUAGCCGCAGUCCUCCCCCACCUGCCCCCGAGACCCCGCCCCGGACAAGUUACAUUCUUUCCUGGCAAAAGCAAUGGAAAUGGUCUCCUGUCUCCAGCCUGCUUGAUCUUUCAUCACAGUUUAUUCUUUCUAAUCUCAAUCCCAUUCUUUGUUUAAGAGCAAUACUCGUCGUGGUUACAGGGAGAUCCUUUAGUAAAACUGAUCCUUGUUAGAAAGCAGUCUGUUAGGCCCUACACAUUUCAAGUGUUUUGAAAGUGCUUAUAGUCAUUCUUUUGUUUGUUUUUGUUUAUUUGUUUUAUUUUUUUUAAACACUGUAACUCAAUGAGAUCACAGUACACUAGGCCCUGGGUAAAAUUCUGACAAUCAUAAGUCAUUUGAAAAGAACAGACUUAUUAAAGAAAAUCAAACAGGACUGAUAGAAGAUACUUUUUAAAGAAUAUCCCACUGCAUCUCCAAAUUUUGGCUUUGGGGGGGUCUUGGGGUGUCAUGGGCCGGGAGACCACAUGGCUCUCCCCUUGGCCGUCUCUGAGCAGUUAGUCCUGGCUGCUCUGCCAGGACCCACGGCCCUGGCGUGAGCACCUGUAGCGCACAAGCAGGGCUUCCUGUUCAUCGUUCAAGUGCUUUUCUGAUGCUCCCGGAGCAAAACCUCACCUCUUCAGCAUAUCCGCGUUGAGUUUCAUCUAGGGAAUACUUUGUUUUGAGUUGCGACAGCACGACUUGAGAUAAUCUCACCAGGCGAAAUAAAAGAAAAUGGAAACCAGUUAAGUGGCACAGUGUACAGGGGAGGCCGGGAUAGAGCCAUGAGGAAUAUAAUAUGUAUAUAUGUAAAAGCAUAUAUAUAUUAACUAUUGAGAAAAAACAAGCAUUUUGCAUUCUAUAAUUGGAUCUAGGCAGCAUACGAUGUAUGUUUUUGUUGGUUGCUGGGUUUUGUUCCCUUUAACCUCUCUUUGCACCCCUCCCACAACACAUAGGCAAGCGUCAAAAGUAUUUUCAUUUGAAAACUAUGUUGUAAUUUUUCAGUUUAAACGUUAAGGGGACUUUGGCCUUGUUUCUGCUUCUUGUUGUCUGAGAACAGUAGUCACCCCUGGCAGCAAUCAUUACCAAAACACAGACAAACCAAAGGUAACCAGCCAGCCCACCACUGAGAGGAAAGAUCUGAGACCCGGGAUUCCCACUUGAGAGCCAAAGGACAUUCCCUGCCAUAGUUCGUGUUUGGCCCAUGUUCAUGUUCGUGAACGUGACUUAUUGCUUUAUUUAUUUAUAUUUCUUUUCAGGGCGCUUUCCCCAGUUUCCUUUCUUGUAUACCUGCCCCAGGUCAUCCUGUUUCUGUUGGCACUUUCAUUCUCAAUGUCAUUGUAACCAUCAGUAUCUCCUAGCAUUGGGAAAGCUACAUAUGGUAUUUUGUAUGUACCCUCUUACAUACAUGUGUGCGUGCGUGUGUCUGGGCUGUUCAGAUCCAGAGGUCAUUUUGGUGACAGUGUGUACACACUCACCCUCCCUGUUAUGUGCACGGGCUCUCAUUUAUUCUGUCCAUCUCUCUGGCUUUAGAGGCGCACCCACUGGUCUUCACUCUAACAUGUUGCCAAGAUCCACUUCUGGCCAUCCCCAGAAUGGGGAUGACCCCACUGUCGUCAUGUUGGGCAUUUCUCUUCCAGGUUGGCCUGCAAUGGAAAGGAAGCCUUCUGAUUACUAGAAAACACAGUAACAGAAGACCUGGACUCUCCCUGCCCCUUAGUCCCCCCAAACAAAGAAACCCUGUGAGACAGCCAGUCUUCACAAAAACAAAAUACCUUCUCCCCACUCCCACCCCUGAGCCAAUAGAAAUUGGAAAAUCUGGGCCAUUUUACGGUUACCAUGUUUUCCUUAUUUGUGCCAAUGUCCAAGUUGCAGAUUUCCCCUUCUUCCUGUAUUGUAACAUAUUAGAAAGAUAAGUUGGUAUUGCCAGUUGGAACUUUCUGUUUGGGUAGCCCUGGGGUAACACCCUGCCCUGAACCCCAUGAUUUCAUAGGCUCUUCUCUUAGGGCUCAUGCUCCCCUAAUUCCUAGUAAGACUUAAAGAUGGUCCCUCCUGAUCAAAUUCUUCUCAUUGUGGAAAUUUAUACCUAGAAGCCUUCACGGAGGCUACUAACGAGUUACAUUAAUUACUGAAUCAGUGGAAUUCUUAAGAGACAAGAUAAGCUCCAUGUACAUUUGUCACCUCUCUUUCUUCCCUACUCUGCCCUGCUACCCCAGUCCCAACUUUUCGCUAUACCAUCUUAAAGGGUUUUUUAAGCCUUGACACUUGUCUAGAAAACGGAGAGCCUAAUUUACCAAAAUGAAACUUGUAAAUUUUUGUGUCCUUGUAUGUAAGUUUACUUUUCAUGGAGGAAAGAUUCUAGAUAAUGACAAAUGACGAUUAUGAAAUGUAUUUUACUCCUGUGAUUAGGUCAUAACUCGCAUGUCGAGGCCCCUCUGGUGGAGGGUGAGAGCUCAGCCUCGGAUGGCCAACAUUCAGUUGUUCAGAUUCAUUAGUCAAAGUUAAGUUUUAGAGCUACUCAUACUCAGUAACAAAAAUCAUUUUCUUUCUUUUUUUUUUUUUUUUUCUGUUGUUGUGGAAAAGUGUGAAUUUGUUAUUAAGCAUUUGAUUUUCUGUGUCCGUAAGUACUGCCUAAAGAUAAAGCAAAUUUUAAACUGGCAAUUACGAAAAAGAACUAUUUUAGCGCUGAAGAAUUUAGCAGACUUUGUUAGAUUAGGGAGGCCUUACAGACUGACUUGACUUAAAGAGGACGCGUCACUCACUGUCAGUGUGGUGUGGCUUUAUUUGCUUGAAAUACCUUCAUUUGUAUAGUAUGUCUCACUUGAAAUUGCUUUGUAUACAUUUUGUAAAAAAUAUUUAUAAAAUGUUU